AUGGUCCGCACAUCGCUUCUCCUGUCGCUCGCCGCGGCCGCCUCGACGGCGCUCGCGAGCAAGGCCGCCGUCAACGUCGUGCCCGGCGCCUACAUCUUCGAGCUCGAGGAUGGCUAUGACCCCAGCGCCCUCGACAAGGCCGUCGGCAAGGAGGGCAAGACGCGCAUGAAGCUCGACUACAGCCUCUUCAAGGGCGUCUCCGUCCAGCUCAACGACGUCAACAAGGCCGAGGAGAAGGCGGCCAAGAUCGCCGCCGACCCUGCCGUCAAGGCCUUCUUCCCCGUUCGCCUCUACGACAUGCCCAACCCCAAGGUUGAGUGGAUCGGGACGAACCCCAAGGCGCACUUUGCCGACGUCAAGAAGCGCUCGCCCGCGAACCAGACCGAGGACACCUUUUCCCCCCACGUCAUGACCCAGGUCGACAAGCUCCGCGCCGAGGGCUUCACCGGCAAGGGCAUCAAGAUUGCCGUCAUCGACACCGGUAUCGACUACAAGCACCCGGCCCUCGGCGGCUGCUUCGGCAAGGGCUGCCUCGUCUCCUUCGGCACCGACUUCGUCGGCGAUGCCUACACCGGCAGCAACACGCCCGUCCCCGACGACGACCCCAUGGACUGCGGCGGCCACGGCACCCACGUCGCCGGCACCGUCGCCGCCCAGCCGAACAAGUUUGGCUUCACCGGCGCCGUCCCUGACGCUUCCCUCGGCGCCUACCGCGUCUUCGGCUGCAAGGGCCAGGUCGGCAACGACAUCCUCAUCGCCGCCUACAACAGGGCCUACGAGGACGGCGCCAACAUCAUCACUGCCUCCAUCGGCGGGCCCAGCGGCUGGUCCGAGGAUCCUUGGGCCGUCGCCGUCCAGCGCAUCGUCGAAAAGGGCGUCCCCUGCACCGUCUCCGCCGGCAACGAGGGAAAUCAGGGCCUCUUCUACGCCAGCGGUGCCGCCGACGGCAAGGGCGUCACCUCCAUCGCCUCCUUCGACAACACCCUGACGCCGACGCUCCUCUACCUCGUCAAGUACAGCAUCGACGACGCCAACGACGUCGACUUCGGCUACGUCCCCGCCCAGCCCGGCGCCUGGGACGGCGUGACGCUCGAGGUCUACGCCACGAGCACCGACGUCACCAUCAAGGACGACGCCUGCACCGCCCUGCCGGCCAACACGCCUGACCUCGGCAACAAGAUCGUCCUCAUCCGUCGCGGCAGCUGCAACUUCUCGACAAAGGCCGCCAACGCCGCCGCCAAGGGGGCCAAGUACAUCAUGAUCUACAACAACGUCGCCGGCGCCAUGUCCAUCGACCUCUCGGCCGUCCCCGGCGUCCUCGCCGGCGGCAUGACGACCAAGGAGGUCGGUGAGGGCUGGAUCAAGGCCAUCAAGGACGGCAAGAAGGUGACGCUCAAGAUGGCGAGCCGCGAGAAGACGGACGUCUCCAUGGUCGCGAGCCCCAACAACGCGACCGGCGGCGCCCUCAGCACCUUCACCUCGUGGGGACCUACCUGGGAGAUGGACCUCAAGCCCCAGGUCGGAACGCCCGGCGGCAACAUCCUCUCGACCUACCCGACGGCCCUCGGCGGCUACGCCGUCCUCUCCGGAACCUCCAUGGCCUGCCCCAUCGCCGCCGGCAUCGUCGCCCUCAUCGCCGAGGUCCGCGGCACCUUUGACCCUACCCUCAUCGACAACCUGCUCUCGUCGACGGCCAACCCGCAGCUCCUCAACGACGGCACCAAGUUCUACCCUGCCUUUGCCCCGACGGCCCAGCAGGGAGGUGGUCUCGUCCAGGCCUACGACGCGGCCUACACGACGACGCUGCUCGAGCCGUCAGCGUUGUCCUUCAACGACACCGAGCACUUUGCCAAGUCGUUGAAGCUCACCAUCAGCAACAAGGGCAGCAAGGAGAUCACCUACAAGCUGUCCAACGUGCCCGCCAUCACCAUGUUCACCCUCGACGCCGGGACCAUCAACCCGGGCACGUUCCCCAACGACGCCUCCCUCGCGGCCGCGACGCUCAAGUUCAGCCAGGAUUCCGUCACCAUCGGCGCCGGAAGUUCCGCGUCCGUCGAGGUGCAGCCGACGCCGCCCUCCGGCCUCGACGCGAAGCGCCUGCCUCUCUGGUCCGGCUGGGUCGCCAUCAACGGCACCGACGGCUCUUCCCUGUCCAUCCCCUACCAGGGUCUCGCCGGCUCGCUCCGCUCGGCGACCGUCAUGGCCUCGGACAGCGCUUGGGUCGCCAGCUCGACCGACAAGGACCUCACCGCCGUCAAGGCCAACAUCACCUUUACCGUGCCGUCGCCCGGCAGCAAGAACGGCACCAAGGCGACCCUGCCGGCCGUCGUCGCCAACCUCGCCCUCGGCUCGUCCCUCUUGACGGCUCACAUCGUCCCCAUGACGACCUGCCCUCCCAAGAACCUGACGACCGAGUACUUUGGCCACAACUCCAUCGGCCAGCCGUACGGCUUCCCCAACAAGUACCUCACCCGCGGCGCCGGAUCGUACCCGUGGGAUGGUCGCCUCGACUCGGGCAAGUACGCGCCGCCGGGCAAGUACAAGUUCAUCGUCCGCGCCCUGAGGAUCUUUGGCGACGCGAGCAAGAAGUCGGACUGGGACGUCAGCGAGACGGGAUCCUUCUACAUCAAGUACGAGUGA